CCCUUCAUUUCUAACCCUUCUAAUAUCUCUCCCACAGCAACAACCACAACAAGCAGAACACCGACAACGAAACACCCAAAUAACACCUGCAACAACCAAAACACCCACAAUCAAGCAUCCCUCUUAAUCCCUUCAUUUCUUACACUUCAAACCCUCUCUCUAAUAACUCUCCCACAGCAACACCCACAACAAGCAGAACACCGACAACGAAACAUGCAAUUCCACUAUAUCUCUUUUCUCCUCACCAUCCUCCCCCUUUUCUCUCUCAUCCCAACUCUCCGUUCUCAAGAUAUCUCAGUGGGGUCCACCCUCCGCCCCACCAACCUCAGCUUAUCCUGGCCGUCCCCUAAUGGGACCUUCUCCUUCCAGUUCCUCAACCGGACCGAAGACUCGUCCUUCAUCGCCGCCAUCUCCUACUCCGGCGGCAUCGCCAUCUGGAAAGCCGGUGGGGCCGAUGCCCGUGUCGACAUAGGUGGGGCCCUUGAAUUCCUCUCCAACGGCAAUCUCCGCCUCAUCAACGGCUCUGGUACCACCAUCUGGCAAUCCAACACCACCGGCCUUGGGAUCACAUCCGCCGCCCUUGAAGACACAGGUAACUUCGUUCUCAAAAAUGGAACCACGACCGUCUGGUCCACCUUUGAAAAUCCAACGGACACGAUCUUACAAGACCAGAAUUUCACGAUGGGUAAGGUUCUGCGAUCUGGGCGUUAUUCAUUUAAUCUCUUGAAAUCCGGAAACCUAACGCUUCAAUGGGGUAAUUCCAUAAUUUACUGGAAUCAAGGCCUGAACUCAACGUUCAAUCGGAGCCUUACAUCGCCCAGCCUGACCCUCCAAUCGGUCGGAAUUCUACGGCUCUAUGAUCUUUCUCUCCCGGGCUCUGUCCCGAUCGCAUAUAGCAGUGAUUAUGGUGAGGGCGGCGAUACUGUGAGGUUUCUGAGGUUGGACUCAGAUGGAAAUUUGAGGGCUUAUAGCUCUGUGAGGGGCAGUGGGGUUGAGAACCCGCGGUGGGCCGCUGUCUUAGAUCAGUGCCAGGUUUUCGGGUGGUGUGGCAACAUGGGUAUUUGUAGUUAUAAUGAUACAGAGCCGCUGUGCGGCUGCCCGUCUUUGAAUUUUGAGUUUGUGGAUCCGAACAAUCAGCGUAUGGGGUGUAGGAGGAAGCAGGCGAUUGCGGAUUGUCCAGGGAGUUCAACCAUGUUGGAAAUGAGCCACACCCAAUUCCUGACGUACCCACCUGAGCUCUCGAACGAGGUCUUUUUUGUUGGAAUUACUGCCUGCCGGCUGAAUUGCCUGGGGGGUGGGUCGUGCGUUGCAUCCACUUCGUUAUCCGAUGGCUCAGGGUUGUGUUUCUUGAAGGUCUCGGAUUUUGUUAGCGGCUACCAGUCACCAGCUCUCCCGAGCACUUCUUUUGUCAAGGUCUGUGCCCCGGCGCAACCCAACCAGUCUCCGCCAGCAGCUGGCCAGACACUGGCCUCGUCGAAGAAGCUGCGGGCCUGGGUGGUCGCGGUCGUAGUAUUGGGCACCAUCCUGGCCUUGGUUUUCAUGGAAUUCGGGCUUUGGUGGUGUUGCUGUAGGAACAGCCCCAAAUUUGGCACCCUGUCAGCACAAUAUGCACUUCUUGAGUAUGCUUCUGGUGCACCGGUUCAGUUCUCGUAUAAAGACCUUCAGCGUGCGACCAAAGGGUUCCGAGAGAAGCUUGGUGCUGGAGGAUUCGGGGCUGUCUAUCGUGGUGUCCUUGCGAACCGGACGGUGGUCGCGGUUAAACAGCUCGAAGGGAUUGAGCAAGGGGAGAAGCAGUUCCGGAUGGAGGUUGCGACGAUCAGUAGCACACACCAUUUGAAUCUGGUGCGUUUGAUUGGGUUCUGCUCUGAAGGCCGACACCGGUUGUUGGUCUACGAGUUCAUGCGGAAUGGGUCCCUCGACAAUUUCCUUUUCUCUGACGAAUCGUUGGGGAAGUUGGAUUGGGGCAGCCGGUUCAACAUAGCGCUUGGGACCGCAAGGGGGAUAACGUACUUGCACGAGGAGUGCCGAGAUUGCAUUGUUCAUUGCGACAUAAAGCCAGAGAACAUCUUGUUGGAUGAGAAUUACAAUGCCAAGGUCUCAGAUUUCGGCCUUGCAAAGCUCGUAAAUCCGAAAGAUCAUCGGUACCGGACCUUGACGAGUGUUAGAGGGACCCGCGGGUACUUAGCCCCUGAAUGGCUUGCAAAUCUCCCCAUCACGUCCAAGUCUGACGUGUACAGCUAUGGAAUGGUGUUGUUGGAGAUUGUGAGUGGACGGCGGAAUUUCGAUGUGUCGGGGGACACGGGUCGGAAGAAGUUCUCUGUUUGGGCGUAUGAAGAAUUUGACCGGGGAAGUAUCACAAGCAUUGUGGAUAAAAGGCUUGCAGAUGAGGAGCUAGAUGUCGAACAGCUCGAUAGGGUGAUUCAGGUGAGCUUUUGGUGUAUUCAGGAGCAGCCAUCUCAAAGGCCGACGAUGGGGAAGGUAGUACAGAUGCUAGAAGGGAUCAUGACCAUUGAGAAGCCACCGGCACCGAAGGCCAUGGAGGGGUCUUUGAGUAGCACUAGUGGCAGUGCUAAUGUUAGUGCUCUCUCGACCUUUGCGGCUUCCGCCCCGGCCCCAUCCUCCAGCUCAUCCUUACAGGCUUUGGGAUCUUCGUCUUUGUCUGGGAGGAACAUUGAGAAGACAUCAUCAUCCCUCCUUGGGUGAAUUCGAACCUUGGCUGAUUGCUUUCUUGUGGAGAUUAAUCUUGCUUAUGUUUGUAAGGUAUGUGCAAUUAGUGAUUUGGAGUCUUUGGAGCAUUCUUGAAUCUUUGAACGCUUGGGCCAUGUUUGGAUGUGCGAUUGAUUUAAGAUUGCGAUAAUUGAGUUGUAGCGAUGUGAAUUUUGGAAAGCUGGGCUAGUCCCACUUGGUAACUGAUUCCAAGUUGUACAUUUGUUUCCUGUUGGAAUCGAAAUAAAGACACUGUGAGAAAGAUAAGAUCAUGGUGAGAAGACAGAUGAGGAGAUUCGCAUCUCACAUUCCAAUGUUGCUCAUGUGUGUGAGUUCUGGGCCAUUCAUCAGGUGGGGCGUCCCAUUAACAUGCCCUGCUCCAACAAUCAGGUGGUCCACUCAUACGAGUUGGCUGUGCAUGUAUGUUGGGUGUAGAUUGUGGGCCCUUCUGUUUCUAACGUCCAUCUUCCUCAUAUAUGUGUGGCCCACCAGAUGACCCAAUCCCACACGCAUGUAUGACUAACCGUGCGAUUCGAAUAUCCUCUUGACGUCUGUCAUCCAAAAUACAUCAUAACCAUUCACUUCUACUUCGGUACAACACAAUUGUUGCAAUUUGAAUCGAUUGCCAAUCCAUAUGCGGCCUUGGCAACAAGCAGAGAACAGCGGAAGAUUAGAAGGGAAGUUGUUUUGGGAUCCCGAAGCGAUCAUUUAUGUUUAGAUUCUGGAGUUUAACAAAUAAAAUUAAAAUUUAAGGCUAGUCCUUAGCUAGUUUUUCAUAUGGUUUCAAGAACAGAAUCUUCAAUGAUGUAUAUGCAUUUGGUUGUUGUUACACUGUAUUUGUAAUUCUGUUGGGAUUGAAUGUAUGCAUUUUCCUAUCCAAAUAGGUUGUACAAGUUCAUUUCAACUGAGAUUAGUGAAGGUGAUUGUUGUAUUCAAAUA